AUUGUAGUGUUUGUCUGUAGCUAUAAGCUAUAGUGCACAGUCUCGUGCGCACUUGUAGUGGAGCGGCGCGGCAGUGGUACGAGAGCCGCCGGCGAGGGUACACGCGCCUGCUUGCAUACGGUGUAGCUGUCGAGCCUGUGUCUGUCGGAGUCCUAAAUAUUACAUGGCAACGAGGAAAAAGGUAGCCACAUUAACUUAGGACAAUGACAGCAGUACCACUGCUGGAUAAACUCGACCUUACGGGCGAUGGCGCUUCCAUUGGUCAGAGAUGGGAGAAAUGGCUACGGUCUUUAAGCAUUUAUUUGGAUACCACCGAUAUUAAAUGUCCAAUUAAAAAAAGGGCUACACUGCUUCUUCUUGGUGGCUCGGACCUUCAAGAUAUAUUCUAUAAUUUACCUGGAGCCAACGCUGAAGCGAAAGACAAUGCGGACGUUUUUAAAAUUGCAAUUGAUACAUUAAACGAUUAUUUUGCGCCCAAGCAGAGCAAAGUUUAUGAGCGACACAUCUUUCGGUUAUUGGCUCAGAAUCAAAAUGAGAAGUUCGAUCAAUAUCUUGUCAAACUUAGAAAACAAGCCGAAAAAUGUAAAUUUGAUAAGCCGGAUGAACAUCUUAUUGAUCAAAUAGCAGAAAAAUGUUCAUCAACGGAUCUAAGGAAAAAAAUAUUGACAAUAGGAGACGAUAUAACUCUAGAUAGAAUCAUUACUGAAGCUCACACGCUAGAGGUAGUUGAUCACCAAAUGAAGAAUUACAGAGAAGACUCCAACCAGGAAACUAAUGCUGUCUUUCAAAAAAAGAACGCUGAUAAGGCUUACAACCAGCGACGAAUAGCGAGCUGUAACUGUACUAGAUGUGGGAGCCACAAACAUGAAGCAACGGAUCAAACUUGCCCAGCCCGUGGUAAAAAAUGUCAUGUUUGUGGCAAAUUAGGCCAUUUUAGGCAAUGGUGCAAGAGUCAGGUGGCACAAAAAAGGAAAGCAACGGAAACGAAGAAACAAGACAGACAGGAAAAUGACACUAGAAACAAAAAGAUGCGGAGAGUAAACAACGUUGAGGAUGCGGAAGAAAUUGACUACGUAUUCUAUGUUGACAACGACGCCACUAUAGAAUGCGUCAUGGGUGGAGUUAAAUUAAAUAUGCUCAUUGACUCAGGCUGUAAACCAAAUUUGAUCACCGACAAAACAUGGAAACUUCUAAAAAGCAAAAAUAUAAUAUGCACCAAGCAAGUAAGCAAACCUGACAAGACGUUGAUUGCAUAUGGAAGCAAAACACCGCUAGACGUACAAGGCUCUUUUGAAACAUUAAUUGAGACGAAUGGUAGAUCCGAGCGAACUACUGUCUACGUGAUUGGUAAUGGCAGUCGCGAUUUGCUCGGAAAAGAUACGGCUGUGCUGCUGGGGGUUCUAAAAUUAGGCAUUGGAAUAAGCCACAUUGCGGAUAAACCAUUUCCUAAAAUGAAAGAUGUACUCAUUGAGAUACCAAUUGACGAGCAAAUGAAGCCAGUAUCUCAACCUUACCGUCGCAUUCCAAUCCCUAUAGAAGACAAAAUAAAUGCAACAAUAAAGGAAUUGCUAGACAGUGACAUUAUAGAAGAGGUGCAUGAACCUUCUAAGUGGGUAUCCCCGGUUGUACCUGUACUCAAAGACAAUGGUGAUCUACGAAUAUGUGUUGAUAUGAGACGGGCUAAUCAAGCUAUCUUGAGGGAAAAUCACCCAUUACCGUCUAUGGACCACAUGCUGCCCAAGAUAAAUAAAGCACAACUAUUCUCCAAAUUAGAUAUCAAACAAGCUUUUCACCAAGCAGAAUUACAUCCGAACUCCAGGCACUUGACAACUUUUAUAACAUCAAAGGGUUUGUACAGAUACAAGCGCUUAAUGUUUGGAAUAUCCUGCGCGCCAGAAUUGUUUCAAAAAAUUGUCGAAAAAAUGCUUAUCCAAUGCGAAGGGGUGAUCAAUUUUAUUGAUGACAUAUUGGUUUAUGGGCGCACAGAGGAAGAACAUGAUGAGCGAUUGGGGAAAGUACUAGAGGUGCUGAAGCAAAAUAAUGUACUCCUCAACGAAAAUAAAUGCAUUUACAAGGUGCCAAAAGUAAGCUUUCUUGGUCAUGAACUUACGCCAGAAGGUGCGAGGCCUUUGGACAAAUACAUAAAAAGCAUCGAAAACUUUCGAGUUCCAAAAACCAUUGAAGAACUCCAAAGCUUCCUAGGGCUCACCAAUUAUAUAAACAAGUGGAUCCCAAAUUUUGCAACUGAAACUGAACCGUUGAAAGAGCUUCUGAGAAAAAAGCUGGGCAGGAAUUCAAGUUUGGAGCAAUACUGGACGAAAGUACACGAUGAGUCGUUUCAAAAACUUAAAGCUUUGCUGACUAACAUUCAAACUCUUGGGUACUAUGACGUAAAUGACAAGACAGAAGUCAUAGCCGAUGCUAGUCCUGUCGGUCUAGGGGCUGUGUUAGUACAGUAUGACAAUAACGGACCAAGAAUCAUAGCCUAUGGGAACCGCACGUUGACUGAUUGCGAACGACGUUACAGCCAAACUGAAAAGGAGGCUUUGGCCAUGGUUUGGGCCAUUGAGCAUUUUAACGUUUUCCUCUUUGGCAAACAAUUCGACCUCAUCACAGACCAUAAACCCCUGGAAAUCCUGUUUGGACCAAAAUCUAAACCGUGUGCACGCAUUGAACGAUGGGUACUCAGACUCAUGGCAUAUCGGUACAACAUCAAAUAUAGAUCUGGGAAAUCAAAUAUUGCCGACUCCUUAUCACGCCUCGGGCAAGACACGGAUAAGCCUAAAACGAAUAUUCAAGAUCAUAUUCAGUUUAUUGUACACUACGCCAAACCUCAGGCAGUUUCAAUGAAGUCUUUGAUUGAGCAUUCGGAAGAUGACCCAGAAAUAAGGAGUGUGAAGAAAGGAUUAGCUAACAACGAAUGGGACGAAUCAAUAAAAACAUACAAAGUUUUCGAAAAUGAACUCUGUUUUUACAACGGGUUAUUGUUAAGGGGAAACAGAAUUGUGAUACCUACGAAAUUGAGGAAAAUCGUGUUGGAUGCCGCUCACGAAGGACAUCCAGGGAUAGUCGCGAUGAAAGGGCGACUCCGCUGCAAAGUAUGGUGGCCUCGUAUGGACAAAGAUGUCGAAACAUUGGUAAAAUGCUGCAAAAGCUGCACUCUUGUAGGAAUACCAAACUUACCCGUACCGAUGAAACGACGAGAGCUUCCGAUUGCUCCUUGGGUAGAUGUCGCGAUGGACCUUUUAGGACCUCUACCCAGCGGUGAAUAUCUCCUGGUGAUCAUUGACUAUUACAGCAGAUACAAGGAAGUAAAGGUCACAAAAAUUAUAACUAGCUCACAAAUAAUAAAACUGCUGCGAGAAGUAUUUAGCCGACUAGGAUAUCCUUCUUCAAUUACUGCUGAUAAUGGGCGCCAAUUCGUAAGUGAAGAGUUCCGAAAAUUUUGCCAAGACUGCAAUAUAAUACUACAUAACACUGUACCUUACUGGCCACAACAAAACGGAGAAGUAGAAAGACAAAAUAGAGACAUUCUUAAAAGGCUCAAAAUCUGUAAAUUAGAGAAGAAAGACUUGAAGGAAUGUCUUUGGGAUUACCUGAUGAUGUACAAUUCCACGCCCCAUUCUACCACUGGAAAAGCUCCGUCAGAAUUAUUUUUCAAGCGACAAAACAGAGAUAAAAUACCCUCUAUGAUUGAUAUAACUGAAAACUACGAUUCUGAAGUAAGAGAUAAAGACAAGGAACAAAAACAAAAAGGGAAAGAAUAUGCGGAUAUGAGAAGAAGAGCCCAAACAUGUGAUCUAAAAGCAGGAGAUAAAGUAUAUGUCAGAGAAGGAGACGGAAACAAAUUGACCUCAAAUUUCAACCCUACACCACAUGUCGUUGAACAAACUCAAGAAGGAGAUACAAUGGUGAGAAAUGAAGAGACCGGUAAAGUGCUACGAAGAAAUAUCAUGCAUUUGAAAAAGAUUGAAGGUGAAUGGAGAUCAAUUAACCCAGAUACUGAGAACAGUGAAGCUGAUCAUUAAAAUGUAAAUUAUGAAAUCAUACUUAGGUCAUUGAAUUACUUUGUUGCUAAGGUGCAUCUGUGAUUGUGUGAUUUGUGUGAUUUAAAUAAAGAUAAUUACAAGGAA